GCACAAUUUAUGUCAAACACAAUCAAGGUCGGUGUUGUGAUGGGUUCUGAUUCUGACUGGCCAGUGAUGUCACAUGCUAUUGACAUCCUACAACAGUUUGGCAUCCCUUACGAAACUCAAGUAUUAUCAGCACAUCGUAUGCCUGAUGAAAUGUUUGCCUAUGCUAAAGAAGCUAGAGUCAAAGGACUUAAAGUCAUUAUUGCAGGAGCUGGUGGCGCAGCACAUUUACCUGGCAUGCUCGCCUCUCAAACCAUCGUUCCCAUUCUUGGAGUGCCUGUCCCCUCUCGCUAUUUGCGGGGUGAAGACUCCUUGCUGUCAAUUGUCCAAAUGCCUAAAGGUAUUCCUGUUGCAACAUUUGCCAUUGGUGAAGCAGGCGCUGCCAACGCUGCCCUAACUGCGGUGGCCAUCUUAGCUCUAGAUGACACG